UUAUAUUAUUAUGUGUCGUAAAUAAUUUUUUAUUUCCGAAGAACAAAAUAAGUAUUUGCGUCAGUUUGAAUAUAAUUGAUACUCGAAAGAUGAAUAAAAUAGCUUUUUUAUCACACAUGUUUUCCGCGUAAUACGUCCGUCACACUGCUACGAGGGCAAUGCUGAUGUUCUAAUUAUGAUAAUCGGAAUGAAUCACCAGUUAAAGGAUUGAGUUAAAGAAAAAGGAAUGGCCAAUUUGAUGGUAACUACGUCAAGUAAGAAUAGUUCACGCAGUGCAUCACCUAACAGAGGAAAUACAUUGACCUCACCUCAACAGUUGUCAUCUACCUUGGAACAUAUUUCAAAAGCACGUAAUGCUUCACUUUCCCAAACAGGGGAGGGUAGUACAGGCAGUGGAAGUAGUGGUGGUGGAGGCAGCCUCAGCAUGAAAGGUAGUAGGCAAAAAUCACCAGGAACUGUGAUUCGAGUAGAUGCUAUGGAUGAACCAAAUACCAAUUUAAUCACUGCCGAACAAGACGAGUUUGUGCCAAAUAUUCACUUACCAACUGAUGAUGAAGGAGAACAAUAUCACGCAACACAAUCGUUCCUAUCAAAUGGCUCCUCUGAAUUAAUAACUGAUGAUGUUGACUCUAACUCUGCUCGAGUUUGUCAAGCUAUUGAGCACAUUCAAAGUAAAAUUGCUAAAACACGAGAACUUAUAAGAAUAGAACAAACUACACGUGAUGAAAAUGUAAAUGAAUAUCUAAAAUUAGCUGCCAAUGCAGACAAGCAGCAGCUUACACGAAUCAAAGCAGUAUUUGAAAAGAAAAAUCAAAAAUCAGCGCACAGUAUUUCUCAGCUUCAAAAAAAAUUGGAUAGUUAUACAAAAAAAUUAAAGCAUUAUGAGUUAAAUGGUGCACCUACAAGUCACAGACAACCUAGGGAAGUGCUUCGGGAUAUGGGACAAGGACUUAAAAACGUGGGUGGCAAUAUUAGGGUUGGAAUCAGUGGUUUUUCAGGAAGUGUAAUGUCCAAACCCAGAGAAUUUGCACACUUAAUAAAAAACAAAUUUGGCAGUGCAGAUAAUAUAAAUACUUUAUCUCUUGAAAGUAAUGGCUCGACUUUUUAUGUAAACGAUACACCGCGUGCAGGUAAUGGAGAUAACGCUAGUGUUGAAGAUGAAAAGGCUCAUCAUGGGUCAGCGACAUUGCCUGGUGGAUGUAGUUUGGGAUCAACUCAUAGUGCCGCAGCAAUGAAAUUUCCAUCCGAAGAAGGAUCAGAAUGUUCCAGUGUCACAAGUGAAAGCGGACCUGGUAGUAGGGGGCAAGCACACACUUGUCACAGUAGUAAUAAUGCUGCACUUAGUCUCAAAUCUAUUUUCUCAGAGCUACAAGAACAUAGAGAAAAUUUGGAAAGAAUGAAAGACAAAUUAGAAGGUUUAAAGAGUUUGCAACAAGAAGUGACAUAUCUUUCUCAUGCUUUGCAAGAGGAACGUUUUAGAUGCGAGCGUCUGGAAGAACAAAUUAACGAUUUAACAGAACUGCAUCAAAACGAAGUAGAAAACUUGAAACAGACUAUAACAGAUAUGGAAGAAAAAGUGCAAUAUCAAAGUGAAGAUCGAUUAAGAGAUAUACACGAAAUGUUGGAGAGUUGCCAAACUAAAAUUUGUAAAAUGGAACAUCAACAACAACAACAUCAACAAUAUGUCACUUUAGAGGGUUUGGAUAAUAGCAAUGCAAGGGCAUUGGUUGUAAAGCUCAUAAAUGUAGUAUUGACUGUGUUGCAAGUUAUUUUACUUCUGGUUGCAACAGGUGCUGGUAUAAUGAUGCCUUUCCUUAGGACCAGUUGUACUAAGCCUCAUUGUUUCAUGUGCAGGGUGCGCAUAUUAACAACUACGUUUGUUGUAUUGGGCAUAGUAUUUGUGCUCAAACAAUGGCCUGAGGUUCAUGACGUCGGCAGUCACCUCAUGCGCCACCUUAAACAGACGCUCGCCGUUAAGUAGCAUCGGUGGUAUACUUAAAUUUACCAUACCCUGUGAUGAAGAAAAAUUGUACACAUUGAUCAACAUUUUGGACCUAUUUAUCAGUGCUGUAGUUUUGGAGCAAUAAUAGUAGGUAUACGCGUAAAUGAUUUCAUUUAUAUUUUAAAUUCAAUCAUGUUCAUCACUAUUACAUUAAAUCAGAUCAAAUCCGUUUGAUACUAUUAAUGGAAUUACAAAACUCAAAACAUAUUUUGCUGUGCAAAUGUUUCACCUAGGAAAAAGAAAUUUUCUAGAAAUGAUAAAGAUAAAAGUGUCUUUUGUCUCUUAUGCAAAUAUUGUAAAUUUAUUUAGAAUAUUUUCAUUUCUACUUAUGUAAAUUUGUUGAAAGAAAACAAUAGGCACUUGAUAAUUAAUUGUGCGAGAAUAAAAAAUAUUAUCAUUUAUAAUAAAAUAAAAAUUUCUAUGAAAUAUAAAAGAGGCAGUAACUAUAACGCUGUACACUGAUAUUGCUUGAUUACAUACGGCACAUUGUUAGAAGAAUUUACUCUAAUGUCAUGCGAUUAAGUUCACUUUUACACGAAUCAUUGAUUAAUAUGAGAUUUAAAAAAAAAAAUUAUUGAACAAGCGAAAGUACUGAUUAAAAGAUAGAAAAGAAAAUUGUUCUAUUAUUUAGUGUCUGUGGGAGGUGUUAUCACCAUUUUCGGGAUUAUAGUUCGUACAUUUGAUAUUCUAAUAACGUGUAAGUUUAUCACAAAGGCACGUUUCGAAAUAAAAUAUUUAUAAUUACAAUCGUCCAAUUGCUAAACAAUAAUAUAAAUUAAGACAGCAAAAGAACACUUAAAACUGUAGAUAUUCUUCACUUCAAAAUGUGUAAAAUAUGUGAUAUAUUCUUUAGUGUUGACAAUGAGGUGGAGUAAUUUGAUCGACUUUAGUGAAACCGUAUCCUUAUAUGUAAUUCACAAACUGUACAUUCAUGAGAACACAAAAAUGUAAUACAAAUUAUGUAACAUUCAAUAUCAAAAGAGGACCAACAUGUUUCAUUCCUCUUACUCUAUAACGUUAAUUUAUUUCAUAUACGACGAUCUUUCGAAAUAAAUGACAUCAGCUGUUAUCUGUAGUCUCAUGAACGUUUCAAACCACCACAGACACAAGAAUGCGUACAUGUUAUAUUGAAUAUAAAGAAAUGAACCAUGACAGACGUUGAAAUGAGAGAAAGACUGAUGGACUACAUCGCUGUUACAAUUGUGAGUAAUUUAAUAUUUGUGGCAAUUUUGCGUUGCUAUUCAUUGGACGAAGUAUUAAAACGGUAAAACGAUUGAAAGGAAAAUGAAGAAAUAGAAAUGCAACGGUAAUUACAAUUAUACAAACAAAAGAUAAUUCUUAAAUUAACAUAGGUGCUCAAAUCCGUGAGUGUAUAAAAUAUUUUGGUCUACGUAAUUUUUUUAAUUCUAUUAUCACUACUUAAUGGCGAAGUAUCGUUUAUUUCACUAGUUUCCGAAUUUUCAUCUUUUUUGCAAGCACGGCAUCACCGAAUAUCAUGAAGUUUCACAGCUUAACGAUAUUAUUUUGUGAAUAUGUGGCAAGUAAAGAAAGAAACAAUUUUCCGGUAAUUAUUAUCUUUUUUUUUUUUUACUGUUUAAUACGUAAAAUUCUCUUUAUGUUUUAUAUAAAUGCAUAGCCUUUAAUUUGUAUUAAGUUCGUACAUUAGAAUUUUUGUUAUUUGUAUAUGUUGGAUUAUGUACUGUUAUCGUUUCGUUGAUCUUGAUGAAGUAUGAAACAUUGUUUUUAAACGAAAAACAAAAUCUGUAAAUAAAAUAAAUUUAUGUAGUAACACAUUUCCUUUUUUUUUUUUUUGGAGUCUAUUAUUCAUGAAUACAAUAUCAAAUUUCCUAAUUUUUUAUUUAACGCUAUAGUUCUUUGAAAUAUCGUAUUUUAUUAUUACGAUCACUGCUUUUGUAACAUUUGUUCAACACCAUUUUUGUAACUUUUAUAUAUGUUCAAUGCAAAUACUGCCAAAAAGAAUCCAACGCGAAAGACAUAAAAAUUGAUAAUUUACGAGAGAUGCAAAAAUGAAGUUGAUUAAAAUUUUAUGUCCAUAUUUUAAGAUCGAAAAGGCAAGGAAGUUUGAUCGUGUAUUUAUAACUUCAUCAGGCAAAAGUUUGUAUUUCAACGGGUCGCGUAUAUUUUAUUUUAUUUCCUCAGAUUCAUUUUCUUUACAAUUGUAUUAUAAAAAUUUGUUCAAUUAAAUUUAUUCAUAAUUAUAAUAAUGUUUCCUUCGAAUAAUCCUCUUGCGUUCCUACGAAUAGUCGUUUUUUAUGUCUAUAAAUUUAUCAAUACGUCGCUGUGACUAUACUAAGUUUAUAUAUAAGCGUAAAAGUUAAAAAUCAGUUUUGGGAUCAAUAUAAUUAUAUAUAUACAAAAUUAUCAUACGACUUUAUGUUUGUACUAACUCCAACACUUGCAAAAGGAAAUGAAUAAUUAUAAUAAAGAUAUUGCAUUAAUUCUAUUGGAUUCAAUGUUAUAUUGAUUCUGCAAAGAGAUUUCUAAUUUUACGUUGUUUAAAUCAAAUUUUGACUAAAAAAAUAUAUGUUUAUUAAUUGUGUAAGUGAUAACUAGACAAAAUAUAUAGGGUGUUAAUGCGCUUGUACAUUACUGUAAUUAUUCUAAUUAUCACUGCUACGUACUUUCUUUCAAGAUUACGUACGUUAUCCAUUGUUCAUUAUCAGUAUUUAUCUUUAAAAUAAAAAGAAAAAAAAUUAUAUUUAUAUGGAGAUAGACAAAUAAUUGUGAAACAUAAAGUGCAAGGGUUGUACGUCCGAUUUCCCAGUUGUAGUUUCUUAUUAAAGUAAAAGACACCCUAUAUGUAUUGUAUAGCUUUAGAUCGUGGUGCUUUGUAAGAUACACAUAUAAUCCAAUAUUAGAGAAACUUGUUAACAUCAUCGACCACCGAUUUAGCGAGGGCCCCUACCUGCACGCUUAAACAAGAACAUUUACGUACGUAGUAAUGUUUGGCUGUAGCAG